AAUUACUGUUGUCUUAUGAAUCGGAAUUUUAAAUUUGAUCACGAAUGUUGUAGACUUUAUUUAAAUAUUCAAGGUCGCUUUCUCAACCUUCUGAGUCAAUAUAUAAACUUCACCAAGGCUACAUCGGGUGCUUUAACAAAUCAAGCGAUUAAUAUCUGGGCAUAUAAAGCACAAACAGAGAUAACAAUUUUUUUCUAGAAAGCGCCAUUGACAACUAAAGAGAAGUAAAUAAGAAACGAGAUGCCGGUGACAUUGAGUUGACACUGGCUCUAAAUAUAGAUUUGUCAUUACGGAACACGACAACUGAAUGUCCAAGGACUUUGUGGACCAAUCAGAAUUUUCCGAUACUCUCCGUAUGGUUUUACUCUGCAUUCGAUCAUUUUUCUGAGGGAUUUGCAUAGAAAGUGAAGGUCUGUACGAGUUUGCAGAAUGCCGGAGACAGUGAAACCCGAUGAAAAAGCCGAGGAAGGGGCUCCAGCCCCUCCCCAACACCGAAACAUCGUACUGACGGGUUUCGGGGGGCUCAAGAUGUUAAAAGUGCAGCGCCGAGCUUCGAACGCUCCUGGACCGGGGGAAGUCUCCAUUCGCGUCAAAGCAUGCGGUCUUAACUUCGUUGACUUGAUGGUGCGACAAGGAGUCUUGGACAGCCCUCCUAAGACGCCCCUCGUCAUGGGGUUUGAGUGCGCGGGGGAGGUGGAGGCGUUAGGAGACGAUACCGCUGGUAUUGCGGUCGGUGACCAUGUCAUGGCGUUCACGGACUACGGAGCUUGGGGCGAAGUUGUGGUUGCACCGGCGUCCCUCGUCUUCAAGAUGCCGUCCAACAUGAGCUACGCCGAGGGAGCCGCGCUGCCUAUGAACUACCUGACCGCGUAUAUAAUGUUGUUUGACAUUGCAAACCUCCACAAAGGGAUGUCGGUGUUUGCCCACAACAUUGGAGGAGGCGUUGGUCACGCUAUUAGUCAGCUGUGUCGGACAGUGGAAGACGUAACGUUAUACGGUACGGCGUCGGCCCACAAACACGAGGUCGUCAAGGCGAACCUUACCAGUGUUAUUGACCGGUCGGCUGAUUACUUGCAUGAAAUCAGAAAGCUGUCUCCAGAAGGUGUGGACAUAGUGCUCGACUGUAUGUGCGGUGAAGACACCAACAAAGGAAUCUCGCUCCUCAAACCUAUGGGAAAAUACGUCCUAUACGGUUCUUCAAACAUUGUCACCGGUGAAACAAAAAGCUUCUUCAGUUUUGCUAAAUCUUGGUGGCAAGUGGACAAAGUGUCCCCUAUCAAGCUGUAUGACGAGAACAAGACGAUUUCUGGCCUGCAGCUGAGGCACCUCGCCUUCCAGCAGGGGCAGACCGCCUACAUUCGGUCCGCUAUGAACCGCUUGUUGCAGCUGUACACGCAGGGCAAGAUUAAGCCUGUCGUCGACUCUACCUGGGCGUUUGAAGAUGUAGCGGAUGCCAUGCAGAAGAUGCACGACCGGAAGAACAUCGGAAAACUGAUCCUCGACCCUUCGAUGGAGCCCAAACCCAAGGCACAGACACAACAGUCAACGGAUGAGGCUGCGCCCCAGGAAGCCACGGCUGAAAAUAAACCGGAAGCGGAAGAAAACAAGGAUGCUUCGGCUGUCAACGGACAAUAGGGAUGCCAAUUGGCUCUAUUUAUAGCACGCGAAAGUGUAGGAAUCCAAUCUUCGUUCACCCAAACCCUGGCGAAUCACUGUUCAACGUACAACAGAUAGCUGGAGCUUAUAACCUGCUUAUGUUAGGAUAUUUAAUUAUAUGACUAUGUUUUGUCGUGUUGUAGGUAUAAUAAAUUGCUUUUUAUCUUUUUAUAAAUAGACAGAUAAAAAAGCAUUUACAUAGAGUAUAUACAUGUAUACUUUAAAAAAAGAAAGAAAAUGAAACAAACAAAUAAUAAAAUACUUUCAAAGGUGUGUACAAGAUCAGCCGAUUAAAAACAACUGCUGAGAAACAUUAUUAAUUCCCCAUCCACCCCCCUCCAUUUUGAUACGUAUAGCUCUGCUAUUAAUUAAAAACAAUCUUUUUUUCGCAUUUUAACGCAAUCAAAUGCCGACACAACACAAAUAUAAUUUGUUUUAAAUGCACACUCUAUUUUGGCUGAUAUUUAUUUAAAACUAAUGUGUAAUGAAAUAUAGCGUAUGUUUAUUCAGAAAACAUUUUUUGUCACUUAAACAAUACAUAGUGAGUCUAUACUAGAUGCUAGUCAAGUUUUUAUGAGAAAUGUGUAUGACGUUGUUAUAACCAUCAAUUUAAAAGUGAUGCCAUUUAUUGUAAACCAUUUCUUAUGCCAAAAUUGUUUGCUUGGAUAUUUCUUAGUUGGCCUAUGUUUUAAUUCAAAGUUUCUUUAAACAUGUAUUUGAUAUCGAAUGCGAAUAAAAGCUGCACACUCACAGAUUAACCGUUUUUACAACUUUUUUUUUCUUUUUUUUUUGUCUUCGAAUGAGCCAAUUUUUGCGUAAAUAUCUGCAUAUCAGUGAUAAAUGACUCUGGCCAAAGAUCAGAUCGCAGAUUUCCAUAUUUCCGUUUGAAAAUUCAUGCCAACAGUUUAAGAAAAAUGCAUAAACACCAAUUUUUGAACAUAAAUGUAAACAUCUGCGAUCUAAUUUUUGUCAGCAGUCUUAUUUGAUUGGUUUCCAUGGAUUUUCGCAUGAAUUGGCUCGUUCUACGACAAAAAAUAAAAAAGAAGUUGUAAAAACGGUAUAUCUGUGAGAGUGCAGCUCUAAAUUGCGAGAUAUGUUUUAAAUGGUAUAAUACAAUUUUUUAAUUUAUGAUGCUUCAAAACGAGUUAUAGACAUAUGUUAUUUGAAAGUUACAUUGUUUGUUACAUGUUAUUUAUUUAUAGAAUUGAUAUUAUAUUCCAUGUAUUCAUUUAUACCAGUAUUGCUUCGGGAUUGUACCAUUUAUAGUUUAUUAACCUUAUUAAAUUUAA